ACAAGUCUUCCCGUCAAAAGUGUCAUCGUUGUCCUGCCUCCUCCCCUCACUGAAACAGGGGCGGGGGGCACACACAGCAGGUGGUAUGACAGAGGCUCACAGACAUGAGAUUUGAUAAUCUCCACUGGUCUGACUUGUGGACGGCAUAAGGAGAACCAAAUUUGGGGACAACUCAGGUGUCAAAUCGCAGUCGAGACUGGCUGAAUAAAGAUGGACCGAUGGCGGAAAGUGGCUGUCAGUGACGCAUUGAGGCAAUCUCGGGCGUGCUGAGUCCUAAAGUGGCAUGGAGGCACUCCCGUGUGGCAUCUGUCGUCAACCGCUGGCUUUCCUCCAUCUGAAUCGAUGAUCGGGUCCGCCCGGUUAACGGGCUCGAAGCAUGUAGUGGCCAUCCCAGACGCUCCCGCGGUGGCCAUUAUGGAAGAGCAGUGGAUUUACGUCAACGCCACAGUCAACACUUCUGAUGAAUUCAACUCCACCGAGAGUUCAGACAUGUCUUACGCCAUCGGUCUCUUCCUGUCCUGCCUCUACACAAUCCUCCUCUUCCCAAUCGGGUUUAUCGGCAACAUCUUGAUCCUGGUUGUCAACUUGAACCACCGCGAGAAGAUGACCAUUCCCGACCUGUACUUUGUUAACCUGGCGGUAGCCGACCUGAUCCUGGUAGCCGACUCGCUCAUCGAGGUGUUCAACCUUAAUGAAAAGUAUUACGACUACGCCGUGCUGUGCACCUUCAUGUCACUUUUCCUGCAAGUCAACAUGUACAGUAGCAUCUUCUUCCUCACCUGGAUGAGCUUUGACCGCUACGUCGCGCUGGCCGGCUCGGUGGGCUGCAGCCCGUUGAGGACCAUGCGGCACGCCAAGCUCAGCUGCGGUCUCAUCUGGAUGGCGUCCAUUCUUGCCACGCUCCUGCCCUUUACCAUCGUGCAGACGCAGCACCGCGGGGAGCUCCACUUCUGCUUCGCCAAUGUCUUUGAGAUCCAGUGGCUGGAAGUGACCAUCGGUUUCCUAGUACCCUUCUCUGUCAUCGGCCUUUGCUACUCGCUGAUCGUCCGGAUCCUCAUGCGGGCGCAGAAGCACCGUGGGCUGUGGCCCAGGCGGCAGAAGGCGCUCCGAAUGAUAGUAGUAGUGGUGCUAGUCUUCUUCAUCUGCUGGCUGCCCGAGAACGUCUUCAUCAGCAUCCAGCUACUGCAAGGCACCGCCGACCCAGCUCGCAGGACCACCUCCACACUGUGGCACGACCACCCUCUGGCGGGCCACAUCGUCAACCUGGCUGCUUUCUCCAACAGUUGCCUCAACCCCAUCAUCUACAGCUUUCUUGGGGAAACCUUCCGGGACAAGUUGAGGCUCUUUGUCAAGCAGAAGGCUAGCUGGUCGGCCGUAGGCCUCCAUUUGGGACCUCCGGUCAGGACUGACGUGUCAAGUGUGUAAGUGUGUGACGCAACACCUACUUACCCUGUUCACUUUCUGAACAAAAAGACAGCUCUGUAUAAUAAAUACAAUUAACACUUUU